UGUAAAAGUUUAUUAGACGUAGUCGCAGUUGUUGACGGUUCGGAUAGUAUCGCAGCUGAUGAUUUCAUUCUAUUGAAAUCGGCUUUAGAAUCUCUAGUUACUGAUUUGAAUGUUCAACCAGAAAACACACGUUUCGGUGUCGUUUUAUUCAGUUCAAAUGUAGCUGCUAGAAUCGACCUCAGUGGAGAUGCUGCCAGUCUCAUCACCGGAAUCCAGGGUUUAGCACACCCCCGUGAUGGUACAAACACCGCUCUAGCUAUUGCUGAAAUGAAUGCCAUGGUUUCUGCCUCACGAAGACCGGGAGUUCCAGUUGUUGGUGUUGUCAUUACUGAUGGUAUCUCUAAGGAUCCAACUGCCACCGCCCAUCAAGCUGCCUUAUCCAGAGGUCUUGGAAUUAAUAUGGUCGCCAUUGGUGUAGGAGCUAAUGUUGACACCCUGGAACUGCAAUCUAUUGCCUCAAAUGCUCAAGUUCUCACCACCUCCAACUUUAACCAGAUCGGAGCACUUUUGAGUAACCUUGUACAGGUUGUGUGCCCAACAACCACCACCACAACAACCACUACAACUACAACCACACCAGCACCCACUACAACCAUUCCCACAACCACACCAACAACAACCACCACCACUACUGUAAAACCUGACCUUUGUGCAGGAUGCAAGAUGUCCAAUGGUAUAGGCUAUAACCCACAUCCCAUAGAUUGUCAGAAAUAUGUCCAGUGUGAAUUCGGAUUAGAGGUUUGUGACAAACGUGCUGUGUACGACAAUAACCGAGUCUUUGAACAACUUGUGUCAAAUUAUCAUUGGGUUCAGAUGGCAUGCGCACCAGGCACAGCAUACAACCCUGUAGAAUGCGGAUGUACAAUUUUGGUUGAUGCUGUCGACACCCCAGUCACAAACCAAUGUAAACGAGUUGUUUAUUUGCCAUUUGACAAUGAUGUAACCGACCAGUCUGGAAAUGGUAAUUACAUCGAGAAUAUUGGUGUCACCGUGAGUGCAGGUGUGGCUUACUUUGAUGGACAAAGUGGUUUGAGAAUCCCAAGAUUCGCCAAUGUUGAAUUCGGCACCAAACUCAUCAUAAAAGUGACUUACAGGAAAAAUGGUGCUGCGUAUGGACAGGAGGCUAUUGUAUCCAAUGGUGAUUGUGGAAAACCAGGAUCACUCCUCAUCGCCUUGAAUCAUCAAACCACAUUGUUUGGUCUACAAACUAUCACUGCGUGGACAGUUUUAAUAACUUACAACAAAAUAACUCAUAUUAUUUUAUAUCUGCAGGUUGGCUGGAAUAAUCUCAUUUAUAAAGUAGAAGGUAAACUUCUAUCAGGAUCUGUUAAUGGUAAUGAAGUCCAUAGUGUUAUUGAUGGUGCAGUAAAUAGAAGCCAGUGUGCUCUACAGAUUGGUCGUGGUACCAGCCUUAAUAAUUUCCACGGUUACAUCGAUGAGGUGAGUAUUUAA